UACCAUAGGCUGUUUACGUAUACUUGUUUCAAACAAGUUGUUCGACUUAUCGAAAAUCUCAUGAAAAUGAACUGAAUAUUUCAUUCAGCGACAAUCUAUAAAUCAUUACCACCAAUUUAUCACAAAUCCAGUUGUAUUUCUUCAGAAGACUCUGUCAGUUUAACAGAUACAUUCAUAUAAUGGUAGACCCAGCGAAUUUAAAGGUGGAAGAAGAAGAAGCAUUAUACGAUGCAAAUCUUUUGGCCAAGUUGGAUUUUAGUCGGUCGAUAACAAAAUUCAGUCCACCAAUAAAUGCUGUCAAUACGGGUGAAGCGUGGUUAAAGGUUCGUCCACUACAAGUUGGUGACUAUGACCGUGGAUUUCUUCAAUUAUUAUCACAACUGACCGGUGUUGGCAAUGUGACACGGGAUGAAUUUUUAAGCCGAUUCCAUAAAAUGAAAUGUAGUGGUGCUUAUUAUGUGACUGUAAUUGAAGACACGCGGAUAAAUCAAAUAAUUGGCAGUGCAACGCUUGUGAUCGAACAUAAGUUCAUUCAUAGCUGUGGUUUGAGAGCCCACUUAGAAGAUGUCGUUGUUAACAAUACAUACAGAGGAAAACAACUCGGUAAAUUAAUUGUUUCAACGGUAACUUUACUGGGCGAGUACUUGGGAUGUUAUAAAAUGACACUGGAAUGCAAGGAUAAAUUAAUUCAAUUUUAUACGUCAAUGGGCUACGUUCUUGAAGCUGGAAACGGAAAUUCAAUGCACAUACGUUAUGGACAAUCGAAAUUAUAUCAUGUGCCUACGUAAAAAUUUAAAAGGGAGAUGGACUCAAACAAAAAAUAGUUUUAUUUUAAAUAAAGGAACACGAGUGAAAAGUACAGAUAUGUUAAAACUCAUUUUUAUACAGAUAUUUUCAUUUCUAUGUUCAUUUUGUUUGAAAUGAUUUAAUAGUAGCAUCGAUUUAUCUAUAGUCACCUGUUGGCAUGGCCAUUCAUACUUUCUAUUGAUUUGCACUAAUAUAUUCAGUUUUUGGUCACGAAAACUAUUUAAAAUAUUUUUUAAAAAAAUAAAUUAAAAUAAAAUCUCAUUGUGUUCGGAUCAUGUGGUCCAUAGCAUAAACUUAAAAAA